AUGUGUAAGGCUCACGUCCUGCGAUUCUGUUGCGGCCAUGGUAUCCUGAUGAGCCUCGACAUAUGCAAUCUGGGACCAUGCCCGAUCCUCAAAACAACCGGAGUCAAGCUCCCUCAGCAACCCUACAAAUGCUACAAUUGUCAGAACAGAUUGUCAGGGUCCAACCUCAGACCAGUCUCAUCACGAGGAUGUUCUAACUCCUCGUAUGGGACGUCGGAUUCUCGCUCAGACGGCUCCAUUACGCCUCCGUCCUCACCGAUAUCCCGGGUCCAGUCUUUUGCCGCACCUCUGCCCGGUGUGGCUCGACAACCCAAGGAGUGUGGCGAACUGGCCCGCAGGUUCACACGGUCAGAGUCAUUCUCUGCCAAAGCAUUCCACUUCUCUUGCACGUCAUCCUCACACUUCCUUCCACCUCAUUACAUGAUGCUGCCGAAUUUCUUAUCUCACCAGGACCAUCCUUGUCCUCCAUGUCAGCUGGAGGAUGCCCGUCUGAACGCAGAUAGAGAAGCCAUCGCCUCGGCAAAGAAGCAAUAUCCACAUCUUACUUGCGAAAUGCUGGUCAGUCCUGGGAGGAAAUGGGAGGACUGGCAAAGCAAGCCGUCGUUGGAGAAGUAUAUCGAAGAGAAGCGGUCGGACGAGAGACAACUAUGGUUGCACGUUACCAGGAGGUGGACACAGGAUCUGCAGAAGCUCCGAGUGCUGGUCGCCGAAGAAGAUGGGCUCGGGUUGCUGGGUUAA